GGAGGCAGGUGCCACUCCCUGAGAAGUAGCAGGGAGCUGGGAAGGUGUUGACUGGGAUUUAGGAAGGAGAUGCCAGUUGUUUUGGAAGAAGAACCUGUUUGGUGGGUCUGAUUUGAAUCAAUAAAGGGAGCAGCACGGCAGUGUGUAGGAAUGAGCAGCAUCCAUCAGUGGAUUAAAGCUUUGGAUGCUGCCUGCUGUUGCUCAGAACUUUAUCUGUGCUUUUCUCCUGCACUAUGGAGCCUCUUUUUGGGGCUGUGCUGGGUUUGAUUCUGGCAGUCGCUUCACCAGCCCAUGACAGCUGUACCUGUGCAACCAACAAGUGGGCAGUGUGUGCCCAGGACAGGCCAGGCAACUGCACCUGCAGGCUGGCAGGUUCAGAUCAGCCUGUAGACUGCUCAACCCUGACUUCUAAAUGCUUCCUGAUGAAGGCAGAAAUGAUCCCCCUGAAGGAGAAGCGCCUCUGGAGACCUCCCCAGGGGGUGUCAGACAGUGAUGGCAUUUACAACCCCGACUGCGAGGACAGCGGUGUCUUCAAAGCCAGGCAGUGCAAUCAGUCCAGCACCUGCUGGUGCGUGAACACCGCGGGCGUGCGGAGGACCGAGAAGGGAGGCAGCAGCCUGAACUGCAGCGAGCUGGUCCGGACAAGGUGGAUCUACAUUGAGCUGACACACAAGAGGAGCUCCAGUGCCUUCGCUGUUCCCGACGUGGCAAAGGCCCUGACGCAGCUGUUUGAGAGCAGGUACAAGCUGCACCCCAAGUACAUCGCGGCCAUCAAGUACGACCCCCCCCUAAUCCAAAUCCGCCUGGACCAGAACAAGAAACCCAGGUGGGAUGUAGAUAUAGCUGACGUGGCCUAUUACUUUGAAAAAGACGUGAACAAUGACUCCGUGUUUCCUUCUAACAGUAAAUUAACUGUCUCAGUCAAUGGAGAUGCUCUGGCUAUUGAAAAGCUCUGGAUUUACUAUGUGGAUGAAAAGCCCCCAGAGUUCUCCAUGAGGCAGCUGGCAGCUGGCAUUGGUGCUGUGGUCACCGUGGUGCUCCUCACUGCUGGCAUUGGCAUCGCCGUGCUGCUCGUCCUCAGGUGGCUGCGCACAAGGACAUAUAAGAAAUUUGAGUGUAAAGAAAUGAGGGAAAUUAAAGCCCCAAGUUUAGAGCUGCCAUGAGCUGAAAGAAGAAUGGCAACUGCAGGAAGAAAAGGGGAAAAAAAAGGCACAAAAUACAAAGAACAGACUCAGUAUAUGUGAUGGAUUUGGAGUUUUUCCUUCCUACAAGAAUUUGUACAGUGAAUGUUCUAAAUUAUUCUUGUUUAGUAAGAAUAAAUUUUUGGAGUAUAAAUGAAUUUGGGAGUCAGUUACCUAAAUAUUUUAAAUGACUCCUGCUUUGGAGGGUAAGAAAACUGUUAUAGCUGUCUAUUUAACAUAACACAGAAGGCUUUCACUCCUGCUGCAGGCCUGGCUCAGAUUGCUUAAAUACUUAAAUACGCUGUGGGGUUCUUGGUGUAUCUAUUUACUGAAAUUAAAACACUUGCCUCAGCAUA